AUGGACAUCGUGCCCGGCUUACUGGUCACUCCGAAGGCCGAGGUGCUGGAGGACCUGCUGCGGGAGCAGUUCGGGCCGCUGCCCCAGCUGGCCGCCAUCUGCCGCCUCAAGCGGCUGCCCUCAGGCGGCUACUCGUCCACCGAGGACCUGCAGCUGGUGCUGGAGCGACGGCGCGUGGCCAACGCCAAGGAGCGCGAGAGGAUAAAAAAUCUCAACCGUGGGUUUUCCAAACUGAAGGCAUUGGUGCCGUUUCUUCCUCAAAGCAGGAAGCCCAGCAAAGUUGAUAUUCUUAAAGGUGCAACUGAAUACAUACGAGUCCUCAGUGAUGUUUUGGAAAGAGCCAAAGACUCUGAGAAACAAAACCCAGAUCAUCAGAACUAUAUAAACAAUACUUCUGAACCACAUAUAUCCAUGGCUAAAGAGCAAUUGAGAAACAGCACUCAACAUGCUAGCUGUGAUGUGGGCUUGAAGAAUGAGAAGGAAGGGCCCUGGGCAGAUGGUGGCAGUGGUGAAUCAGCAUGCACUUGUCGCCAGAGCAUGAUGUCUACAACUGGAGACUCCCCAACCAGGAGUAUGGAUCGAUUCCCAGAAGUAGAACUCCUGAGCCACGGUUCCAAAUAUGAAAAGUGA